AUUCCUCAGGGAUGUCCGGCGAACGCAGCCUCUCGUCGAGCGCGAAACCUCGAAUGGAUCACGAAAGCGUCGCGGGCGUCGGCGUCGGCGCCGAGGGCGCGCACGCCGCAAACCUUCGUGCUGGCGCCACCCUGAUGAAAAGCGUCUCUAUCUUCUUGAUGAGUGGCCGCAAAGCCUUCGUGAACCCCAAAAGGCUAACUUCUGCCAGCCCGAAGCACGAGCCCAGAAAAAGGCAUCGCAGAAGAAUGCCAGACGGUGGUGGCGCGAGGAAUUCCACCAACACCAUCAGGCUGAUCGAGUCGCUCAAGAAGAAAACUAGGUUCUCGUGGUUCGAAUUGGACAACCUGUGCAAGCUGUACAAGAAGCUAACCAGUUCUGGCCAGCAACAAGUAGGACAGUCGUUUAUUAUGGGUAGGAGGCAGCAAUCGAAUCAAGCUAUAGAGGGAAUCGACAGAACCAUUUUUCGAGACCUUCUGCACAACACGUUCAAGGUGAUCACGGAGGACGCAUUGGUGGAGAGGAUAUUUUGCUGCUGGGAUCGUGAGAACGAGGGUAUCAUCAGAAUGGAGCCGUGGAUCAUGGGGCUGGAUCUUUAUCUUCGCGGCAGUCUACGAGAAAGGAUUGAAUUUUGUUUCAAAGUUUACGAUCUCAACAACGAUGGUUUCAUCACAAAGGACGAGAUCUUUCAGUUGUUCAAGAAUUGCUUGAUAAAGCAGCCAGGAGAAGAGGAUCCAGACGAAGCGGUCAGGGAUCUGUCGGAAUUGGCACUGAAGAAGUUAGACGUCGAUCGGGAUGGAAAGAUUUCCUUUCAAGAUUACAAACUGGCCGUUACGGAGGAACCUUUGCUACUUGAGGCUUUCGGGCAAUGCUUGGCUACGGAAGAGCACUGUGCUUCCAUUAUAGCUACAUUCCAAUAAUAAAAGUUCGACAAGUAAGAAUAGAUCUCUGAAGUGAUGUAGGAUUGAUCCAUCAACCAGAUUGCCUUCUUCAUUGCAAUUAUUUCUAAUCACAUUUCAUACUUUCAACCACCCGCCUUGUUCGAUGAGAACCUUCUUCGGUAUUCUAUUUCCAACAGCUUCCGUCUUUCUGCAUCUUGCGCACCUAUUAUCAUAAAAAAGAACAAACAAACAAUUAGAAGCAAUAUUCACAUUAAAGGGUAAAUCCAUUUCGAAAAUUUGUAAUCAUGGCACCUGCCGUUUAUUAAAAACAAAUUCGAUAGUAAUCGUAAUUACAAACAAUAAUAAUAAUAUUAAUAAUAAUAUAAUAUAAUAUAAUAUAAUAUAAUAUAAUAUAAUAAUAAUAGUAUAAUUACAAAAUACGCUCGAUCUGGCUUUCUUACAGCGUGUUCGCUGAAUCAGUCUUAACCCUCGGAUUACCAAGCAUCGAAAUCACUCGUUUUCGAAGUAUACUUCUCUCCUCCGUUUUGUUUUCGUCUCAGGCUCCGUCGAUCGUACGUCGAAAAAAUACCGACCGAACCGUCGAUCCUCGAUCGAUAACCCGAAGGCUAAUUAAAUUAUAAAACGUUCUAGAGGUAUGUUACAGUGAUGCAGGGGUUUUUUUCGUUUACGUAAAUUGAAACAAUUGACUUUUUCUUUUUCUUUUCUUUCUUUCUUAUUUUUUUUUUUUUUUACUUUGCCGUGCGCAACAAAAUAUCUGCUCCUCGUCGCGGUACUUCCGGUUCCGGGGACCCGUGCCGCGACCUCAAGGUUCCUUUUCACGGACACUCGUGUUCCUUCUGUAUAUAUAAAUACACACUGUCCAUCAACAGUUUUGCGCAGCCUACCAUCUUUUUGUAAAUAAAGGUUUCUUUCUUUUGUACACACACACACAUA